ACUCCCCCUGCCCCUCCCCCAACCUGCCCCCCUCCUCGCCGUCCCAAACCGUGCCCCCCUCCCCGCACUUGCCCCUCUCCCACUCCUCCUCCAUCUUGCCCUCCACCUUUUCUUCCUCCUCCUCCUCCGUCACCGUGUAGGACAGACACCGCUCCGACUGCAGUUCCUUCAUGUCCAGUCCAACUCUCCUGUGAUAUCGGCUGGGAUCUUCAUGGAAGAAAGUGCUACUUGUUCUCUCCCUACAAAUUCACAUGGAGUCAGAGCAGUCAGAUGUGUCAACUUUAUGGUGGACUCCUGGUGAAGAUCGAGAGCAUGUUAGAGCAGAAGUUCCUGAAUGGUAAAGUGAGGUCUUUAAUGUCGGACGCUGAAGAUAAGUUCUGGAUCGGACUGUCAGACUCUGAAACGGAGGGAGUGUGGAAGUGGACCGACGGCUUUUCACUGAACCCACUGUGAGAUUUGGUCAACAUUUAUUAAGUUUAUUCCAAGUUUCUUAUGUGUGACCAUUAAAGACGCGCAAUGUAAGUUUUUGGUUGGGAGUCUGUCACCUGUUUGUGUAACCGCAGCAGCUCCGGUUCGAAAUCCGGACCAUGGGACGAUUGUAACGACUGUGGGUUUGUUCAUUAAAAGUCUAAUGUCUUGGUGCACAUCCGUUAAUUGUUACUGUAAAUUCCGGACUAUAAGCCACCACUUUUUUCUCACACUUUGAACCCUGCAGCUACUAAAUGGACGGAUUAUUUGUUUUUCCAUUCAUAUAUACGGUCUAUGGUUUGGUAACACAGCGGAUACAUGUGCAGCCUGAGUGCAGAAAUAUGCUGAAAUCCUCCAAGACACUGACAUGAUACAGACAGGACAGAGGCUCUUUCUGCAAGAGACAUGCGCAGUAGAACGUGGGGAGAGACGGGGGUGAUGCGCCAAGGAAGUUUUAUUUUGCGCUUUAUACACACACCUUCCUCAUGGAAAACAUACAAAGAAAUGCAGAUAAUGCAGCUUUCAAGUUAAAGGUGACUGAUGUGGCUGUUGAAGAUGGAAACGGAGCUGCUGCAUGUGAACUUGACAUCAUUGAGUCGAUGGUGAGAUUUUGGCGACGGCAGCGUGACAAACUGACUCAAUGCAAAAAGACGACAAAAACUUUCAGAGGCGAUAAAAGCAGACGGCCUGAACUUGAAAAAGUUCUUGAAGACGUAAACACCUGUGACUUAUAUUCAGGUUCGGUCUAU